GGAGCGGAGUGAAAGUGAUAGCUCUCUCUCUUUCCUUACCGAGCUUCGCGUAUUUGCGAGUUGUCACUCGUCUUCCUUUACUGCGACUUGGCGUACGUAAUUUUAUUAAUUAAGUGUUGUUCGUGCUUGGAAGAAUAAGUCACAUUUCAAAAGUAAGAUCGAGCCAAGAAAGGUAUUCAAUUUAUAAUAAACUACUACGUUUACCGCGUCAUCUUUUGUAUACGAAUAUUCUCCUUCUCAGGAACAAAAUCGAGACAACAAUGCAGUUCAUGAUAUUGAUGAUAUGCGUGAUCGGCGCUAGCGCUCACACUACUCACAUGCCUGAAGAUCCAAAGGAAAAAGGUCUGAUAGAUUGGAUAAAUAACUGGAUCGGAACAACAUCGACUCUACCACCCAUAGUAAUACCGGCAAACGACCCACCCGAAGACUGCCCUCCUUGCCAAUGCGGGAUUGCUCGUACCAGAAGGCGUAUCGUUGGUGGGUCCGAAACCAAAAAACUAGAGUUGCCAUGGAUGGCAGCCCUUUUCUAUGGAGGAAGAUUCUAUUGUGGAGGCUCCGUCAUAAAUGAUUUGUACAUAGCUACAGCAGCCCAUUGUACUUCUGGAUUCCGCAAGGAGAAGAUCACAGUUCGUUUACUAGAACAUGACAGAAGCACGGCCAAUGAAACCAAGACUGUUGAAAGAAAAGUGGCCAGUAUCAUCAGACAUCUUAGAUACAACCCAAGCACAUACGAUAAUGAUAUUGCUUUAUUAAAACUGGACAAGAGAAUUGAUCUCAGCAGCGCCGUAAAAAAGCGUGCUGGUUUAGAAGAAGAAGAGUCUGAUGUUAGCGACGUCGGUGUCCGCCCUGUUUGUCUGCCACCAGCCAACCUGUCCUUUAGUAACGAAACAGCUAUGGUUUCUGGAUGGGGCACAACGGAAGAGGGCGGAUCAGUUUCUAGUACCUUACAAGAGGUCCAUGUUCCCAUAUUAUCAAACUCUGAAUGCCGUGAAACAACUUAUGGGAGCAGAAUCACAGAAAACAUGAUUUGUGCCGGAUAUGAUGAGGGAGGUCGCGAUGCCUGUCAGGGUGAUUCUGGCGGUCCUCUACACGUACGCAAUACUACUACUGAGGCUUAUGAGGUUGUUGGUGUUGUCUCCUGGGGGGAAGGGUGUGCUAGACCAGGCCGUCCUGGUGUAUAUUCAAGAGUAAACAGAUACUUGAGUUGGAUCAAAAGCAAUACAAGAGAUGCCUGCUACUGCCAAUAAAUUAACAUUGUCUGUCCCAUAAGAUAGAA